GCUAUCAAUUUACAUAUGUUAAACAAGGCCUGAAGAACCUUUACACGUGCUGUGUAUAAACUUACCACUGCAGGGAGCCUUAAUGGAUCUCUAGACAACUGCAAUGCAAUAUCUAACUACUACUUUUUCUUGCCUCUGGAAGAAACCACAGGCUAUUUAUAUACACUGGAGAACCUAGGCAGUCAUAUUCUUAUGCAAUAUUAGCUUUAACAAAUACCCUUUUCUCUGUUGUUCUUCUUCUAUAUGUUUUUUCCCUUCUCAUUCUUGUAAAAUUCUUGUUUUUGGAGAUAGGGUGAUCCAUUGGAAUGAGGCAUGUAAGUGAAGUUAUAAAUGGGUUGAAGCCUGAGAUCCUAAUGAUUUUUAUCCAAUUUUCAUAUGCUGGAAUGAAUAUUUUCUACAAAUUGGCUGCAAAUGAUGGAAUGAAUUUGAGGGUUCUUGUUGCUUAUCGCUGGAUAUUUAGCACAGCUUUUAUUGCCCCUUUUGCUCUCUUCUUCGAUAGGAGGAAGAGGCCAAAACUCACAUGGAUGAUCCUUGUCCAAGCUUUUCUUAGUGGGUUAUUUGGGGGAAUGCUGGCCCAGAACUUGUAUGUGGAAAGCCUGGUCCUGACAUCUGCAACAUUUGCUGCUGCCAUAACCAACCUUAUUCCUGCUAUAACAUUAAUCCUGGCAACCACUUUUGGGUUAGAGAAAUUGGAAUUAAAGACAACAGUAGGGAAGGCCAAGAUAUUAGGAUUGUCAAUAGGAAUAGGUGGGGCGAUGCUUUUAACUUUCUACAAAGGUGUAGAGAUUAAGAUCUGGUCUACAAAUGUUCACCUUCUGAAACACAGCCAUCAGAUUCGGAAAAGCCACUUUACUGCGAAGCAUAUUGUGGGUUCUUCCCUGGCUUUGGGCAGCUGCAUUUCUUAUGCAAUGUGGUUAAUACUUCAGACUAAAAUAAGCAAGGGAUACCCAUGUCACUAUUCAAGCACAGCACUAAUGUCUCUAAUGGGAUCAAUCCAAUGUGUUACUUUGUCCCUGUGCCUGGACAGAAAUUGGAACCAGUGGAAGCUAGGAUGGAAUGUUAGGCUCCUUACGGUUGCUUAUGCGGGGAUUGUGACUUCUGGGUUGGUUGUAACCCUUAUUGCUUGGUGUGUGCGCAUAAGAGGGCCAGUGUUCGUGGCUAGUUUCAACCCUUUGUCGCUUGUGCUUGUAGCCAUUGCAGGGUCUUUGCUGCUAGAAGAAAAACUGCACCUGGGAAGCAUAUUAGGGGGAGGACUGAUAGUGUGUGGAUUAUACUUGGUGCUAUGGGGUCAAAGCAAAGAGAUGAAGGUAAAACCUGAAUUAGUUCCAACAACAAAAGGUUCCCCAACAACUGAAUUGGUUGAGGUUGUUGCUCAAGGUGAUCUCCCAGCAUUAAAUGCUUCUUCUUUUACGCAUGAAGCAGCCUCUUUGCCAGAGGAGCAGCAGCAGGAACAGAAUUAAAUUUAAAGAAAAUAAAACAGAGUAAUAAAAUACAAGAUUAUAGACCAAAAAAAAAAAAAAAACACAGAGAUAGGAGCAUAAUAUAGGACCAAUGUGGAGAAUUUCUACUUGGUGAGUAUCCAGAAAGGCAAAAAGUGUAGAAAGGAAAAAAUAAUAAUGAUAUAUAUAAAAUUUUAGACCUCAAA